AUGGCGGAGUCGGUCGCAGUGGUGCGCGCGAAGAGGGCUGCGGAGGCGGCGACUUCCCAUGGCGAGGCGGAGCCGCAGUUUCCGCGGUCGAUUAGUUUGCUGGAGGAGAAGUUCGACGCGUACGAGCAAGCCAACCUCAUGAUAUUCCGAUCCAAGUCCGACUGCGCGCCUAGCAGCAGCACGCGCGACUCGGGUCUGCUCGACACUCCCGACGGCAGCAUCGUUCCGGCGAAUGCCGCGGAGCUCGUGACACGUGGCGCGCGCACGUCGCUGAGACUGCCCGACUCCGCUAGUAGUACCGGAGGGGAGGACCCUGCGGAUGACGAUGCGGAAGGGGGGGGAACAUGGGGAGGGGGAGCCGGCGGAGGGGAUGGUGGAGGGGGAGGCGCUUCGCGCCGCGAGGGUUCAGGGAACGAGCGGGCAGGGGCCAGCAGCAGUGGGAGGAGCGUGGAAGACGAGGGAUUGGGUGCCGUUUCCCGCACAUACCCACUCAAAAGCAUGCGGGGGAGCUGCUUGCGGCCGUGGCGGGAGGAGCAGCAGUGCGGCGAAGUGGAGCUCACUGGCGGGAUGGGGAAGGGCAGCAGCAGGGAGACACAGCACAGCGGGGAAGGGGACAGCUGCGAGAAUGGGCACGCGGAGGGCGGAGGGGAUGCCCUUGCGGAUGUGCUCCCGGGGGCUGGGGGUAGGAGCGUGGGGAGAGGGGGAGCGGAGGACGGGGUGGGCGCUCCGCUGAUGCGCAGUUUGACAGAGGACUUUGGGCGGAAUGGGGCAGCAGCGCGCCCGCACAUGGAGAGUGGCGUGCUGCAUGACGCGGAGAUGGAUGAGAUGGAUGGGGAGGUGCUGCAAGCUUACCUCUCGUGCUUCUCCUCUCAUCUUCACUUUCCGUCCCCUCUCCUCUCCCCUUCUCUCCCCUUCUCCUCUUCCCUUCUCCCCUCCCCUUAUUCUCUCCCUUUCUCCCCUCCCCUUCUCCCCUCCCCUCUCCUCGCCCCUCUCCUCCCUCGACUCCCGCCGUCCGUGUGUGCCUUUGAAGCCCCGCAUACAGCCCACCACAGCCUGCAACCCUGCGACAAGCGUUUCAGCACGUGCCGGCGCUGCAGCAGUGAGUGCUGCACUACCGCGACCUGGGGGCCUUUGUGCGGCUCAUGCCCGUGUGAUUCUCUCCUCAUCCUCCCGCCCUCCCCUUUGUGCGUGCCAGAGGCCUUCACACGAGUGCUGGCGCUGCAGAAGCGAGUGCUUCACUACCGCGACCUGGGGGGCUUUGUGCUGCUCAUGGCGCUCUUCAUCACCAUCCUCUACAUGCAGGCUGAUUCCUCGCGUAGCUAUGACAUCACUGCUGCACACUCCGUGCUCUACCCGCCUGUGAGACUGCUACCCGCCUGUCCCCCACUCCCCCGCUCCCCCACUCCCCCACUCCCGCCCUCCCCUACUCCCCCACUCUCCCCCUCCCCCCUCCCUCUAACCCACUACCCCCCUCCUCCUUAUUCCACUGUCCCCCUCCCCCUUACCCCACUGUCAUCCUCCCCUUUUACCCACUCCUCCUCUCCUCCCUCCCAACACCACCCUCUCCCUCCCCCCCUACCCCACUCCCCCCCUGCCCCCUUACCCCAUUCUCCCCUUCCCUUGUACCUCACUCUCCCCUCCACCCCAUUCUCCCCGUUCCCCUACCCCAUUCUCUCCGUUCCCCGCCUUCCUUCCUCCCCCACUCCCGUGAACACCUAA